GUGCCGCGGCGCGAGGCGAAGCGAAGCGCGGGGCGGCGCGGCGGGGCCCCUCCCCCCUGCAGCCUGGCGCGCGCCGGCCGGGCCGCACCGCUGCGGGCUCGGCGCGCGCGGGCCAUGUCCGCCUUCUGCCUGGGCUUGGCCGGCCGAGCUUCAGCACCUGCCGAGCCGGACAGCGCCUGCUGCAUGGAGCUGCCCGCUGGGGCCGGGGACGCAGUCGGGAGUCCCGCCGCCGCGGCCGCCGCCGCCCUCGUCUCUUUCCCCGGGGGCCCCGGGGAACUGGAACUGGCCUUAGAGGAGGAGCUGGUGUUGCUGGCGGCCGGGGAGCGGUCGUCCGAUCCCGGGGAGCAUCUACAGGCGGAGCCGGGGUCUCCGGCUGAGGGGCACGGGCCGCCUCCGUCCACCCAGGAUCCCGAGCUGCUGUCGGUGAUCCGACAGAAGGAGAAGGAUCUAGUGCUGGCGGCCCGGCUAGGCAAGGCACUGCUCGAGAGGAACCAGGACAUGAGCCGACAGUACGAGCAGAUGCACAAGGAGCUCACCGACAAGCUGGAGCACUUAGAACAAGAGAAACAUGAACUGAGAAGACGGUUUGAGAACCGGGAAGGGGAGUGGGAAGGACGAGUGUCAGAAUUGGAGACCGAUGUGAAGCAGCUGCAGGACGAGCUGGAACGGCAGCAGGUCCACCUUCGGGAAGCAGACCGAGAAAAAACACGAGCCGUCCAGGAGCUGUCAGAACAGAACCAGAGGUUAUUGGAUCAACUCAGCAGGGCAUCUGAAGUUGAGAAACAGCUCUCCAUGCAGGUCCAUGCACUCAGAGAAGACUUUCGGGAGAAAAAUUCAUCCACCAACCAGCACAUCAUCCGCCUGGAGAGCCUUCAGGCCGAGAUCAAGAUGCUGUCGGAUCGAAAACGGGAGUUGGAGCAUCGGCUCAGCACCACUUUAGAGGAGAACGACCUGCUUCAAGGGACUGUAGAGGAGCUACAGGACCGAGUGCUGAUCCUAGAAAGGCAGAGCCAUGACAAAGACCUGCAGCUGCACCAAAGCCAGCUGGAGCUGCAGGAGGUACGGCUGUCCUACAGGCAGCUACAGGUGAAAGUGGAAGAGCUCACGGAGGAGAGGAGCCUGCAGAGCUCGGCUGCUACCAGCACGUCCCUGCUGUCAGAGAUCGAGCAAAGCAUGGAGGCCGAGGAGCUGGAGCAGGAGAGAGAGCAGCUGAGACUGCAGCUCUGGGAAGCCUACUGCCAGGUCCGCUAUCUCUGCUCACACCUCCGAGGAAACGACAGUGCCGAUUCAGCCGUGUCCACAGAUUCCUCCAUGGAUGAGUCCUCAGAAACCUCCUCCGCCAAGGACGUGCCUGCUGGCAGCCUGCGCACUGCCCUCAGUGAUCUCAAGAGACUGAUACAGAGCACUGUAGAUGGCAUGGAGCCCACGGGCACCCGGAGAAUGGACGAUGACUCACUGGAAGAACAGAUAAGGCAGACCAGUGAGGACUCAAGAGCCCUGAGGGAGCUCAUGGAGGGAGAGAGGGGUAAACUGAGGCAGAGCCUAGAAGAGCUGCAGCAACUGCACAGUCAGGUGACACUGCUGAGUGUGGAGAUGACUGCACUGAAGGAAGAGAGGGACCGACUCAGAGUGACGUCUGAGGACAAGGAGCCAAAGGAGCAGCUUCAGAAGGCCAUCAGGGACCGGGAUGAGGCUAUUGCAAAGAAGAACGCCGUAGAGCUAGAACUCGCCAAGUGCAAGAUGGACAUGAUGUCUCUCAACAGCCAGCUGUUGGAUGCCAUUCAGCAAAAGCUGAAUCUCUCACAGCAGCUUGAGGCUUGGCAGGAUGACAUGCACAGGGUCAUUGACAGGCAGCUGAUGGAUACGCAGCUGAAGGAACAGGGCCGGCCUGCUGCUGCCCUCUCUAGGGGCCACGGCGUAGGACGGGGGCAGGAACCCAGCACCAUGGAUGGCAAACGGCUCUUCUCCUUCUUCAGGAAAAUUUAAGUGAGAAGUCAGGCUGUUGAGAAUGGGGGACUAGAGGCAGUUGAAAAGGGUCUCCCGUCAACUGGAGCUGGGCAGCUGUACUGCCGGCCCGGCUGUCCUGGGGCCAGUUGGGUCUUGAGAACCCCCUCCCUUUUGUCAGUGCAAUGGAGACUGAGAAGUAGGGGGACCUGCCUUGUCCUCUGAAAGCUGCUCCCUACCAAGGGACAGGAAUAAACCCUGUCCCCACUGCCUAAGCCAAGCCUCAGCCUGGGCUUCCCCAGGAUCCUGUUAGUGAGUAGGGCUCAAGUCACUUCCCAUGCAGUCCAUUGAUGGGCUCUGCCACUCAGACCCAGCUGAUCACAGCCCACACUACAGGCUUUUCUGCCUCCUUGGAUUUUGAACAUGGGGACAGAGAUUGAGACCCUCCUGUGCAUGCCUCAGGAGGCCUGAGCCUCCACUCCUGCCCCAGCUACUUGCCUGGAGUAAGGGGAGGCAUAACCCCUCACCCAUGUGCAUGCCCUCUGCUGGAGUCCCUGUACAGCAGGAGCCCCAGCCUAUGGCUGUGGGGCUUAAGAACUGGGUUACCCAAGUUCUGUUGAGGCCACUCUGUAUCGCAGGGAAGGUCCUGUCUUCUGGCCGCCAGCACACCUCAGCUUCCUCCAGUGCAGGCAGUCCUUAACCCUAGUGAGGUCUGGGCCCGGCAGCAUCCCGCUGGCCCUCUAUAGGCUCUAGCUUCCAGACUUCCCCUCAUGGGGUAGGGCUGGGAGAGCACUUGUCUUCCACAGCUCCCUCCCACCUCAAAUACAAUGGCCCAAGCCAACAAGUUGAGGCCAUAAAAUGGCCUCCAAGGGGACUAGUUGAACCUUACCCGCACACUGAAGGUAGCGUGGGUGCCACAGGCCACAGGGUGGAUGGGGUAAGGCUGCUGGGAGCUUCCAGAUACUGCCCACCAGGCCCAAGGGACAAGGCCUGCAGCCUGCUGCUUCUGCUCCUUCUGCAGCAGCUACCCCAUCUCUGCUGAGGCCCCAGCUCAGAGGCUCUGUGGGCCCAGCCUGCAGCUGCUUACCACUCACUAAGCCUCCUGUCCUCAAUGGGGAAAAGCACAGCAGGGCUGAGCGGAAAGAAUGUACUUAUAGAUAUGUACAUACCACAGUGCUGUAAUUUUGUAUGUAGCAAUUAUGUAAAUACACGUAUGGAUUUUAUAAUACACAUAUAUAAAUCUAUAAAGGCAUAUUUUUAGAAAAACAGCGCACCACUGCUUCUUUUGAAAAUAGUCUGAAUAAGAAUAAAAUGAAUUUCUACAGAA